ACAAGUCCGGGCUUCCAGCUGCGAGCUCCGCUCUCCCGCCAUGGUCCCCGCUCCGCCCCCCGCCGCCUCCUUCUCACCCGCCGAGGUCCAGCGGCGCCUGGCGGCCGGCGACUGCUGGGUCCGCUGCGGGGCCCGCCUUUACGACCUCACUGGCUUCGUGCGACACCACCCGGGGGGCGAGCAGCUGCUGCGGGCGCGGGCGGGCGAGGAUGUUAGCGCCGACCUGGACGGGCCGCCGCACCGGCACUCGGCCAACGCGCGCCGCUGGCUCGAGCAGUACUACGUAGGCGAGCUGCAAGGAGACCCUCAGGGCUCCGUGGAGAAUGGGACUGUGGCCUCUGUGAACACUCAGAAGACAGACCCUUUGAUGGAGCCAAAGCUCCAAGUGGUGGACUGGGACAAGGAUUUGGUAGACUGGCGGAAGCCCCUGCUGUGGCAGGUAGGCCACUUGGGAGAGAAGUAUGAUGAGUGGGUCCACCAGCCAGUGACCAGGCCCAUCCGCCUCUUCCACUCCGACCUCAUCGAGGCCCUCUCCAAGACUGCCUGGUACAGUGUCCCCAUCAUCUGGACACCCCUGGUGCUGUACCUCAGCUGGUCCUACUACCGAAUCUUUGCCCAGGGCAACGUUCAACUCUUUGCUUCCUUCACCACAGAGUACUCGGUGGCCAUGCCUAAGUCCGUGUUCCCAGGCUUCUUCGUGCUGGGGCUGCUCCUCUGGAGCCUCAUAGAGUACCUCAUCCACCGCUUCCUGUUCCACAUGAAGCCCCCUGGGGACAGCUAUUACCUCAUCCUGCUGCACUUCGUCCUGCACGGCCAGCACCACAAGGCACCCUUCGAUGAGUCCCGCCUGGUCUUCCCCCCUGUGCCCGCGUCUCUGGCCAUUGCCUUCUUCUACAUGUGCCUGCAGCUCCUCCUGCCCGAGGCGGUGGGGGGCACCGUGUUCGCUGGCGGCCUCCUGGGCUACAUCCUCUACGACAUGACACAUUACUACCUGCACUUCGGCUCACCGCACAAGGGCUCCUACCUGUACAGCAUGAAGGCCCACCACGUCAAGCAUCACUUUGCACAUCAGAAGUCAGGAUUUGGCAUCAGCACUAAAUUUUGGGAUCACUUCUUCCACACCCUAAUGCCGGAAGAAUCCCACCUGAAGAUGCAGUGACAACUCCCAACCCCGCCAUCCUGCCCUCAGCCCAGCCAUGGCCCGUGCCUCACCCCUACCCUUCACCCAGACCCUGCAAAGAAGGUUUGCUUGGCCAGGCAGGAGAGGCUUUGUCCAGCCUUUGGGCUUGGUGGGGGCGUGCUGGGGAGGCCUGGAAGACUCAGACAGACCCUAAGACUGCCCUCCUGACCCACCGCGGGAGGGUCAUGUCCACUAGGCAGUCAAGUGGCUCUCAGGGACGAGCCUUUUCCUAGAGCAUCCUGGACCCUCCUUUAGCAUCCCUGCCCAGAGCCUUAGUCCACAGGACUACUUCAGGACUGGGCAAGGGGGAAUUUCCCAAGGGGAAUGAAGGAAACUGACCCCUAGGGCCAGGCCUGUGACCCACCUUUGUCUUAGCACCUUGGGCUCCCUGGGAGACAACCCCCCCAUUGGAGGAGCUGCUGGUGUUAAAAGCCAAGAGUGGUGUGUUGGCCCGUGGUCCUCAUCUUCCUCCCCUUCCCUUCCUGGGGAGGGCGCGGUGGCUCUGGCUGUUCUCCUGAUGAGUGGAGAACACUGAGGUGGAUGAAGGGCUCUCACAAAGAGAGAGACAAUAUGAUGCCUCCCACAGGCCACCUCCAGACCCAGGACAGUGCCUUUGUCCCCUGCGAAUCACAAAUGCCAGGUGUACCACCAGAUGCCUCAGGCGGCUGGCGGGAGCCCAGACCCCUUUCUUGAAGAGCCGCCAGCUUCUCUAGCUGCCUCCCCACCUGCCUUCAGAAUCACAAAGCUUUUCCCCCAAGGGAGGCUGACGAGGCCUCUCUGUGGGCAGGAGCCCCAGCCCACCUCUGGCUGUUCUUGACCUCCCCCGGUCACAGGCCGGCCUCUGCCGCCUCACUCAGGACCCUUCCAGCCAGCCCCUCCUUGUGCCAAGAAGGAGCCUUCAUGCGGUGCCUUAUCCCCCCCCCCCCCCGCCACUGC